UUAAAAACAAUGUCCGCGUUUUUAACACUAGUUUGCAAAUGCCAAAGGAGCGAAUAUCCCAAUUCGCACGACAUUCCAUAAUCGCGUCCUUCACAAUACACCCUUGACUUUUUCCUUACCUCUGUGUAGGAUAUAAACCCUCACACAUCCCUUCUUAUUCUUCACACUCACUCUCAUCGUUGAGCACACAGUCUAAAAGAAGAACUAGUACCCUCAUUCUCUCUUUUAUUGAAGCACAGAUAUCUUUAAUUUAAUUACUCAUGGGGAACGCUGCUUCUUAUUCUUGUUUAACUGUUAGUAUUGAGAUUCUGAAGAGCGGUUGUUGUAGGCGUAGUACUAAAACAGCGAUGCUCUUGGACACAAGUGGGAAAAUUCGUGAGAUCAAGGUACCUGUGAGAUCAGCGGAGCUCAUGAUCGAAGAACUCGGCCACGUCAUCAUCCCGGUGGAGGAACUCCGCCGAACACGACGGAUUUCGGCCUUACCGGCAGAUCAGGAGCUUCUGGGUGGGAAGGUUUACCUGCUGGCGCCGGUAAGUAGGGUCCACUCCAAGGCUUCGGAGUCUGAGAUGGCGAUUGCGGAGCAGUGGUGCAGUGAGAAGAAGAGUAACAAGAGUGGCCCAAGGAAGAAGAAAAGUGGAAAUAUGGCCAAGGUUUCACCGGUUUCCACGUUGAGUGGAAGGGACGGGGAAAUUGAGGUUUCCAGUUUCCCAGGGAGAGGGAACCUUGUCGGAAUACCCUGUCAUCAAUUGGGGUCUCGAGGACGCUGGAACCCUGUUCUUGAACCUAUUUUAGAAUCCCCCUGAGUUUUCACCCAACACUUCUAAUCUAACAUUAGAAUCAUCAUACUUUUACACCUUCUUUUUUAAUUGAACUUUACACCUAAAUCGAUCGAAUUUGUUGAGAAGGUAGAUGUUGUGAAGCAUUUGUCAGCCCCCAAUUUAAUUAUUCAUUCAUUCUUUUGUUAAAUUUAUUUAUUUAUACAAAUUUUGUUG